AUGAACUCUGCUGAGUCUUCAUUCAAGCCAGAUGCUGCGGGUGCAGACCCCAAGCAGCUAGGCUAUCUCCCUCAUCUCAAGCUAAAUGAUGGCCAAGAUAUCCCCAUGAUCGCAUAUGGGCUCGGCACGGCAAACUUCAAAACGGGUGCCGCCACCAACUCCGUCGACAAGAAAAUCGUCCAGGAUACUGUCACAGCUAUCAAGUCUGGCUAUUUGCAUCUGGACGGCGCGGACGGCUACGGCAACGAAGCGGAACUCGGGCUCGCUAUCAAGGAAGCCGGGGUGCCCAGGGACAAGCUUUACGUGGUCACCAAGCUCAGCAAGCCCAGUGCGGACAAGACCAUUGAGCAGGACUUCACCACCUCCCUGCAGAAGCUUGGCCUGGAUUAUGUCGACCUCUAUCUGAUCCACUCACCCUUCUUUGCCGAUGGCGACCCGAAGCUGCUCCAGCAGAAGUGGGCGGAAAUGGAGGCCAUCAAGGCCUCGGGUCGGGCGAAAUCCAUCGGCGUGUCCAACUUUCUGCAGAGGCACCUCGAGAUCGUCCUCGAGACCGCCAAGGUCCCACCUGCCAUCAACCAGAUCGAGUACCAUCCUUAUCUGCAGCAUGGCGACUUGCUAGAUUUCCACCGGAAGAACAGCAUAGCUGUCUCAGCCUACGCCGGGCUCACGGCUGUCACCAAGGCAAAGCCCGGCCCCGUGGAUGAGAUUUACGCGAAACUCGCAAAGAAGUACGGUGUCUCGGAAGGAGAGAUUGCACUGAGGUGGAUCAUUGAUCAGAGUGUUGUUGUCAUCACAACCAGUUCCAAGGAGGAGAGACUAAAGACCUUCCUGUCAAAGCUGCCAAGUUUCAAGCUGACUCCUGCUGAGGUCAAGUUGAUUGCAGACCAGGGCAGAGAGAAGCACUUCAGAGGUUUCUGGAACCACAAAAUCGCUGCCGAUGACCGUUCGUAG